GAUGAGGCUGACAGUGAGGAUGCAGUGAGGAUACUUGGUUUGAUGACGCUGCACUGUUUGACAUCGUUCCUGCAAACUUCACAUAAAGCACGAUGUUCACAGAAAAUACAGGUCCGAGCCCUGCGCUUUAUUUUCCUAAUUAGAAAAAAAAGAUGACAUCACUGAUCCCGCGGAAGGAGGAAGACAAAUCAGCAAGGGGUGGACAUCGCGUGCACGUGUGUAUAUUUUGGGGGAGGGGAUGGAGCAAUAAGCAACAGAGACUGGGACUGAGUCUCUAAUCUAACUUGACUGAGCUGGGGCCGGAGCUUCGUGCGCGCGUCCUUGCGGAGACGUGACGGUCAGAUGUGGCUGUGACUUGUUACUGAAACAGCGCAUAUCCAGCGAUUUAAAAAGGAAAAAAAAAAUCACACUGUGACUUAAAGAAAUUUAAGAUGACAGUGCUCAAAGACAUCCCGGAGAAAUGGUUUCCAGUCGUUUUUUUCCCCCUGCAAGGAAAGAAAAAGAGAGGACUGGAUGGAAGAAAAUCGAAAAAGAGGCGGACAGAGGAGGAGAGAAGGGUCAGAGCCAAUGACAGAGAGUACAACGAAAAGUUUCAGUAUGCCAGUAACUGCAUCAUGACAUCCAAGUACAACAUCAUCACGUUUCUGCCCGUCAAUCUGUUUGAGCAGUUCCAGGAAGUAGCCAACACCUACUUUCUUUUCCUGCUCAUACUACAGUUGAUACCUCAGAUCUCCUCCCUCUCCUGGUUCACCACCAUCGUGCCUUUAGCUCUGGUGCUGAGCAUCACUGCAGUAAAGGAUGCCACGGAUGACUACUUUCGUCACAAGAGCGACAACCAAGUGAACAAUCGUCAGUCUCAGGUCCUCAUCCGUGGCUCGCUUCAAAAUGAAAAGUGGAUGAAUGUUCGAGUGGGUGAUAUUAUUAAACUGGAAAACAACCAGUUUGUGGCAGCUGACCUGCUCCUGUUGUCUAGCACUGAACCUCAUGGUCUCUGUUACAUCGAGACAGCCGAGCUAGACGGAGAGACCAAUAUGAAGGUGCGUCAGUCUGUGUCAGUGACAUCUGAACUUGGAGACCCGAACAACUUGGCUUCAUUUGACGGCGAGGUGGUGUGUGAGCCUCCCAACAACAAGCUGGAUCGUUUUUCCGGGACUCUGUACUGGAGAGAGAAGAAAUACAGCCUGACCAAUCAGAACAUGCUCCUCCGAGGAUGUGUGCUCCGCAACACAGAGGCUUGCUAUGGCCUGGUCAUCUUUGCAGGCCCAGACACCAAGCUAAUGCAGAACAGCGGUCGCACCAAGUUUAAGCGUACGAGUAUCGAUCGAUUGAUGAACACACUGGUCCUCUGGAUAUUUGGCUUCCUGGUGUGCAUGGGUAUGAUCCUGGCUGUGGGUAAUGCAGGGUGGGAGAAAGAGGUGGGGUCCUUGUUCCAGAGCUACCUGGCUUGGGACACUCCUGUGAAUAACUUCCUGUUCUCGGCCUUCCUCUCCUUUUGGUCCUACGUCAUCAUUCUUAAUACCGUCGUGCCUAUCUCUCUAUAUGUCAGUGUGGAGGUGAUCAGGCUCGGUCACAGAUACUUCAUUAACUGGGACCAACAGAUGUUCUGCUCACAAUGUAACACAGCAGCUGAGGCCAGGACCACCACUCUGAACGAGGAACUGGGACAAGUUGAAUACAUCUUCAGUGACAAGACUGGAACGCUCACUCAGAACAUCAUGACGUUCAAUAAGUGCUCCAUCAAUGGACAGAGUUACGGUGAUCUAACAGACCCACUGGAAACUCAGCCAAAGAGGCUGGACUUCAGUCCCUUCAACCCGCUGGCGGACCCAGACUUCUGCUUCUAUGAUGACAAGCUGCUGGAAUCAGUGAAAGUGGGAGACUCGUGCACUCAUGAGUUUUUCCGCUUGCUCUCCCUCUGUCACACUGUUAUGAGUGAGGAGAAAAGUGAGGGAGAGCUGGUUUAUAAGGCUCAGUCUCCAGACGAGGGCGCUUUAGUGACGGCGGCUCGAAACUUUGGCUUUGUGUUUCGCUCCCGAACACCUGGGACGAUAACCACCACAGAAAUGGGACGCACCGUCACCUACUCGCUGCUCGCCAUACUGGACUUCAACAACAUACGCAAGCGAAUGUCUGUUAUAGUACGUAACCCAGAGGGCAGGAUUCGUCUCUACUGUAAAGGAGCUGACACUGUUCUGUUGGAAAGACUCCACCCUUGUAACCAGGAAGUGAUGAGUAUUACUUCAGACCACCUCAAUGAGUAUGCAGCAGAUGGGUUACGGACCCUGGCUCUGGCCUACAGGGACCUGUCAGAGGAUGAAUGGGAGGCCUGGUCAGAGAGCCACCGCUUUGCUGAUAAGGCCACAGACUGCAGGGAGGAUAGACUGGCAGCAGCUUAUGAGGAAAUAGAACAAAAUAUGAUGCUUCUGGGUGCCACUGCUAUAGAGGACAAGCUGCAGGAAGGCGUUCCAGAGACCAUCGCUGUCCUCUCUCUGGCUAACAUUAAAAUCUGGGUUCUUACUGGAGAUAAACAGGAAACGGCUGUAAACAUAGGCUACUCCUGCAAGAUGCUGACAGAUGAUAUGACCGAGGUUUUCAUCAUCAGUGGCCACACCGUCCAGAGCGUACGGCAAGAACUCAGAAGAGCGAGGGAAAGGAUGAUUGAGCUGUCACGUACCAGAGAUGGAGUUAAAGAGGAGGGAAUGCAGGGAUGGGGGGAGCCAUGUUUCAAUGGAAAUGGAUUCAAAGAAGGACAAGAAGGAGGUGAUACGGCAGGCGGAAGUGGAAGAGGAGGAGGAGUGGGGAAGCAGCUGCAUGGCUCUCCCCUUCCUCCUCCUCUGCCUCUCUCUAACUUAAUGGACAACAUCUCAGGAGAGUUUGCCCUCGUAAUCAACGGUCACAGUCUGGCCCACGCUCUCGAAGCAGACAUGGAGGCAGAGUUUGUGUCGACAGCGUGCGCGUGCAAAGCGGUCAUCUGCUGCAGAGUCACGCCACUGCAAAAAGCUCAGGUGGUGGAGCUCAUCAAGAAGCACAAGAAGGCCGUCACGCUGGCUAUAGGAGACGGUGCUAAUGACAUCAGCAUGAUCAAAAGUGCUCAUAUUGGAGUUGGUAUCUCAGGUCAGGAGGGCAUCCAGGCUGUGCUAGCCAGUGACUACUCCUUUUCCCAGUUCCGCUUUCUACAGCGCCUCCUGCUGGUCCACGGCCGCUGGUCCUACCUGCGUAUGUGCCGUUUCCUCUGCUACUUCUUCUACAAGAACUUUGCCUUCACCAUGGUGCACUUCUGGUUUGGCUUCUUCUGUGGUUUUUCUGCCCAGACUGUAUACGAUCAGUACUUCAUCACACUCUUCAACAUUGUCUACACCUCCCUCCCUGUGCUGGCCAUGGGGAUAUUUGACCAGGAUGUUCCUGAUCACAGAAGUUUGGAAUAUCCAAAGUUGUAUGAGCCCGGGCAGCUCAACCUCCUCUUCAACAAGAGAGAGUUCUUCAUCUGCAUUGCCCAGGGCAUCUACACAUCAGUGGUGCUGUUUUUUGUUCCAUAUGCUGUCCUGUCCAAUGCCACUCAGAGCAACGGAGUACCCCUCGCUGACUACCAGACCUUUGCAGUCACCACAGCGACAGCCCUGGUUAUUGUGGUCAGUGUACAGAUUGUUCUCGAUACCGGCUUCUGGACAGUGUUCAACCAUGUGUUUGUGUGGGGCUCUCUGGGCUCCUAUUUCAUCAUCAUGUUUGCUCUGCACAGUCAGACCCUCUUCAGGAUCUUUCCUAAUCAGUUCCACUUUGUAGGUAGUGCCCAGAGCACAUUAUUGCAGCCAGUCGUGUGGUUAACGAUUGCACUGGCAACAGCAAUAUGCAUAGUUCCAGUUUUGGCGUUCCGCUUCCUCAAGCUGGACCUCAAACCUCAGCUCUCAGACACGGUUCGUUACACUCAGCUGGUGCGGCAGAAGAGACGAAAGCCGCCAGGUCGUAACACUGGAAGUGCUUGGCGUGGUACCGGCAGUGUGUCAGAGGGUCGUCUGGGCGCCCGUGGUGGUUCAAGGAGAUCCGGCUAUGCCUUCGCCCAUCAGGAAGGCUUUGGAGAGCUAAUCACAUCAGGGAAAAAUAUGAGGCUCUCGUCUCUGGCCCUGGCAUCCUUUGCCUCCAGACAUAGCUCCAGCUGGAUUGACACGCUCCGCAGGAAGAAGCAUACUCACACUCCCCCCAGCACCUCAGGGGAGUGCAGCCCAGCACCCAGUUUCAUCUCUGUGUCGGUUCCACCACUUUCAAACUCUUCGUCUGUUCUGGGCGGCUCUCAAGAAACACCGAUCGAAGAGGAAACGGUCGUGGCACCAGCUCAGAACACACAGAUGAUCCCUGCUUCAGUCACACAAACCUUCCCGGCUUUGGCACCAGAUGCAGAAGCUCCUGCGUCUCAAGUUUCAGCUCAGGCCACCAGUUCUGGCGUUUUAACCCCCACAGCAGCAAAGUCCCAGGGGGGAGACUCGCCUGGAGGCUGGACCCUUUCUCUGGGGACCGUGCAGGAAGCUCUGUUUGGUUGGAAGGGUAUUGCAUCUCGUGCCAGUUCAUCCAACAGUCCGGGCCCAACCUCUAUUGCCAAGGAAACCAACCAGAUUAAGUGAAACGUAAACAUCUGAUGGAUGAAUUCUAUAUUUACUGCGUGUACCAGACACACAAACUGUACACACUGUGUGCUUUUCUGGAGAGAACACAAAGACUGUUAUUUAAAAAAAAACUUUACCCGCACAGUGUUCUUGUCUCAAAAUGCAUCAGUUACAUCCGGAUCUCUGCAGGAAGCGACAUAUCGUCUUAUGACAUGAACUUUCUCAGCCAUAAAUUAAGAUUUACUGGUGAGAUAUUUGAGCGCACAGUGUGUGGUGGUUAUGUUAAUGAAUGCUUGAGAUUUACAGUACAUAACUGAGGGACAGAAGCAGGUGCAGAAACAAAUGUCAAAGUAGCCUUUGAAAGAUUGUUUCUGCUUAUUUCACAAGCCUCACUCACAACUAAGCCACUCAGCACCUCUCAGUAAUGAGACGAAUGAGCAAGCAGAAUCAUAACAGUUUUAACCAGUGAAGUGCAAGCUGUAUUAUCUGCAAAGGUUCUCAAUGAGAAUGGUAUUUUAAUUCAAAGUAUUCUCCCAAAGGUCUGUUUUCUUUAGUUCUUACUUGUUAUACUGUAACUCUUCCCACAUUUGCUUUUUUUGCAUCACAUUGAUGUGUUUAUGUGUGAUUUAAAGCUAGGCCUUUUUUUUGGUCUAACAAAGGCCAGAUCAUGUUAAUGUGCCUCUGAUGUAACGCAGACGUAAGAACAGAAUGGAAAGACUUCACUUUAGGCCAGUUCUGCAGAAAAAAAAAGGUAGAAGAAAAAUUUAAAAAAAAAUUUAAAAAGUGAUAUGUUAAAUUCCUAAUCAUGAUUGUUGUCAUUGUGAACAGUAGUGCUUAUCCGUACUGUAAACAUAUACUCCAGUAAAGUGCUUUAUAUUCAUUUUUGUUCAUGAAUUAAAGAAAGGAAGUUGUUUGUGGACAAUCAUGCCUUAACAAAGCCAAAAUAUCGCCCCCUUUUUUCUUUUCUUUUUUCCACCCCUCCACUAAUCCAAGUGUUGAUGCACCUCAGACUUGGAUAAUCAUUAAAUAGGGUAACCAAAGGAACACUGACCUGCUCUUGGACAUCUCUCUGUACUACGGUCAGCAACAGGCAGUUGAAACACAGUUCACGUGAUCUGCAAAAUCUGGUCUAAAUGAAUGUACUGUACAGUUUUAGCAAGAGACAGGUCUCUGUGGAAGUGUG